UUUCGUUUGCCUACUACUCCAUUAUCACCAUGAGCUCUGCCAACGCACCAUCCUUUGCGUCAGAGGAAGGCUCAACUCCCGCUGGCCGGAGAAGACCUUCCUGCAAGACUGUCUUGACACUUGCUUACCAGAGUCUCGGCGUGGUCUAUGGAGAUCUGAGUACUUCUCCUUUAUAUGUUUACAAGACGACCUUCUCAGGAAAAUUAAGCCUUCAUGAGGAUGAUGAGGAGGUUUUUGGUGUGCUUUCCUUCAUCUUCUGGACCUUAACUCUCAUUCCUCUCUUCAAGUACAUCUAUUUCGUAUUGUCAGCAGAUGAUAAUGGUGAAGGUGGUCCCUUUGCACUAUAUUCACUGCUUUGUAGACAUGCAAACUUAUGCCUUCUACCUAAUCAGCAAGCAGCUGAUGAGAGCUUGUUAACCUGUAACAUGGAAGGUGCUGCAGACACGUGGCAGAGUUCUAUGCUCAAGGAGUUAUUCAAAAAACAUCCAAGGUUCCGAAAUGGUCUGCUUAUAGUUGUUCUGCUGGGAACUUGUAUGACAAUUGGUGAUGGGGUGCUUACCCCAGCAAUCUCAGUUCUUUCUGCAGUCUCGGGUGUUGGAGUGAAAAUCACACAUCUCCAUGAGAAUUACAUUGUGGCAAUCUCUUGUGCAAUCUUGGUGGGUCUCUUCUCGCUCCAGCAUCAUGGGACACACCGAGUUGGUUUUUUGUUUGCACCAAUAGUCACAGCAUGGCUUCUAUGCAUUAGUGGUAUUGGUAUUUAUAAUAUAUUUCGAUGGAAUCAAAGUAUUAUCCGUGCCCUUUCACCGUUAUAUAUGUUUAGAUUCCUCAAAAGUACGGGCAUAGAAGGCUGGGUGUCGCUAGGAGGAGUGGUGCUCUGUAUUACAGGUGCUGAGACAAUGUUUGCCAAUUUGGGUCAUUUCUCUCCACGUUCAAUCAAGAUGGCAUUUUCUUUUCUGGUAUAUCCCUGUCUUAUUCUUGCUUAUAUGGGUGAAGCUGCAUUUCUUUCUAAACACCAUGAAGAUAUUCAACGAAGCUUCUACAAAGCUAUACCAGAAGCUGUUUUUUGGCCUGUCUUCGUAGUGGCCACUCUUGCAGCAAUAGUUGGAAGUCAGGCUGUGAUAUCAGCAACCUUUUCUAUCAUAAGCCAGUGUUGUUCCCUGAGUUGCUUCCCUCGUGUAAAAAUUGUCCAUACUUCAAACCAAAUUUAUGGGCAGAUAUAUAUUCCUGAAGUCAAUUGGAUUCUCAUGUGUCUCUGCUUAGCCGUCACUAUUGGUUUGAGGAACACCAACACCAUCGGCCAUGCAUAUGGGUUUGCUGUCACGAUUGUCAUCUUUGUGACCACUUGCUUGAUGUCUUUGGUGAUAAUAAUUGCAUGGAAACAGAAGAUAAUGAUGGCUAUAGCUUUUCUUGUGUUUUUUGGAUCUAUAGAAUUGCUAUACAUCUCAGCUUCCUUCAUCAAGAUUCCAGAAGGGGGUUGGAUCCCAAUUGUUCUCUCUAUGAUCUUUAUGAGUGUGAUGUACAUAUGGAACUAUGGGACAUUGAAAAAGCAUGAAUUUGAUUUGGAGAAUAAGGUCUCAGUAAACAGAAUUUUGGUUCUGGGGCCCACACUAGGAAUGGUUCGGGUGCCGGGAAUUGGACUUGUCUAUGGUGAUUUGGUAACUGGGGUGCCAGCUGUUUUUGGACAUUUUGCAACAAACUUGCCUGCAUUUCAUCAGAUCUUGGUUUUUGUGUGUAUCAAAUCUGUCCAAGUUCCCUUUGUUUCUGAAGGGGAGCGAUUUCUUAUAGGCAGGAUAGGGCCAAAGGAGUUUCAUAUCUUCAGAUGUAUAGUUCGUUACGGUUACAAAGAUCUGCAGCAAGAUAUUUAUGAUUUUGAGAAUAUACUGGUGUCUAAAAUUUUAGCAUUUGUGGAGAUGGAAGACAACUUGCAGGCACUAAACAAAGGAAUAACUUACGACUUAAGGGUAUCAAAUCCUGAAUGUCCUGAUAUUUUUGUGCCAUCUGUAACAGGUCAAAAAUUUGAGCAGGAUUUGCUGUCUUCCUCAGAUACAUAUCUAGUGAAACCAGGGGACUUCAGGCUUAUGGAAGGUUCUUUUUGUAAGGAUGAAUCUUUGGAGAUUUUGAAAGCCAAGGAAUCUGGUGUGGUCUACAUUCUGGGACAUUCAUAUGCCAGGGCAAAGAAAUCAUCCUCCCUCAUCAAGAAAUUUGUGAUUGAUGUAAUAUAUGCUUUUCUUAGCAAAAAUUGCAGAGGACCCAAUGAUCUCUUAAAUCUGCCUCACUCUUUAUUGCUUGAAGUUGGUAUGAACUCUUAUGUUUAAGGAAAGAAAAAUAGUUUUCUUCUGCACCCGUGAAGUUAUUGAUCAUCUUCAAACAAAACGAACACAAACAAGCUCCUCUAUGAUUCAUUAGUGACAGAUGUUGAAUUGGUUCAAAUGACAAUUUCAUUCAUGUUGUCAGAAGAAAGGAGCUGGAUUAUUAAAUGCAUGAUUUCCUCCUCUUCAAGAAAUGGAAAGUAAACUGACAAUGUUACUCAUCUUUUUUGAUAGUGACUGAUAAUGUUAUUUAUCAAAGAUGCAAAAUUGCUCUUUAUGUUAUGAUAAAGAAGCUUCAGUUCAACAUGUUGUUAGGUUGUGAGGAGCAUAGUCUUUAAUGGAUGGAUAGAUAAUUUUGGAUCCUCGGGCCAUAGAAAGAUACAAGAACAAAAGGAAAAAUGAGUUGUUGACCUCUCUCUGGAAAAAAAUUACUUGUACGUACUAUAUCAAUGGGUUUUGCUGCAGAAAAUGAUUGCAGCUAGUUCAUGCUUAUUUCCUUUUGGGUAUGUUUUGACUGAGUUAUUUUGCUUCCUUUAUUUAUAUUUCACAGAAUGCUUGAUGAACAUCUACUGAUGCCCAGCUACUUAUGAAUUCUUGCAAGAAGAAACAGUGGUAGUCAAACUGUAUGAUGAUUUUGAAGUGUGGUCUGUCCAUGCCUAACAUUAUGGCACCAACUUUCUUUCGCUCCAUGCUUGCUUCCAUCUCAUGGAGUCCAGGCAAAACACAGUUCACUGAUUGUUGAAGACUGUGAGACAAGCAUAAUAGAGAGCUUCAUCUAGUUAAAUUUGUUGGCUGUCAGAUGUAUAUUUUGACCUCACAAAAUGGGUUAGUUUAUUUUUAUUAUUCUUCUUUUUUGAAGAUAUAAUGUGCUACUUUAUAUGCUGACAAUGUAAACAAGUUUACCAUUCUCACAUA